AUGAUAACCACCAAGAACCCCCAUUCUCUUGAGCUUCAAAACGGUGACAAAUUACAGAUACUCACCGAACAUCAACAGUAUCAGUCACACAGCAGAUUUCUCAACAUGAGCUCCAAAGUCUUCAUUAUCACUGGUGCCAGUAAGGGCAUUGGCGCUGCCAUUACCCGUUACCUGCUUGACCAAUCCCACAAGGUUGUUAUUACAGCUCGAUCAUCCGAACCAUUGGAGUGUUUGAAGAAAUCGCACCCGGAACAGGUCCAAUUCAUUGCUGGAGACAUUGUCGAACCUCAGCUGCCUUCGAAGCUGGUUGACCUUGCUGUAUCCUCGUUCGGCAAAAUUGAUGGUCUGGUUAUCAACCAUGGCAUGUUGGCGCCCAAGAAGUUCGCAGACACCACGGUCGAAGAGUGGAAGAAGAUUUAUGACAUCAACGUCUUCAGCGGUAUUGCCUUGGCCCAAGCUGCGAUCAAAGAGCUACGCAAGUCCAAAGGCUGUAUUGUCUGGGUGUCAUCAGGAGCAGCAGCCAAGCAAUAUGCCGCGUGGACAAGUUACGGUUCAUCAAAGGCAGUCUACAAUUCUGUCUCAGCUCACAUUGCGCUUGAAGAGCCUGACAUAACAAGUGUUGCCAUUGCACCAGGUCGAGUUGACACUGAGAUGCAAGGUGUACUGAGAUCGGAAGGCCAAUCAUCUAUGAACAAGGCACAAUACGAUUCCUUCGUUGAAGCUAAAGAAAAGGGCAUCUUGCUAAAGCCAGACCAGCCAGGAAAUGUUAUGGCCAAGUUUGUCGCAGACCCGCUCAAAGAGCUGAGCGGCAAAUUCUUUUCAUGGAACUCACCAGAGGUCGAGGCAUACCAAGAAUAG